UCGGCCGCGACACCCGAACGCGACACAAUCCAGCUGGAACCCUCUUCGGACGGCUCGGACGCGACACCAACGGGAUAUCGUCGCGCUUCGCGAUCUCGACGCGGUUCCCGGGUUAUUCUGCGAUGGCAAGUUUCAUUGAUGCCUGUGCCGAGUUACUACUGUGAUAUCGAAUUUGGAGUAUUGAGUGGGAAGGACUAGAUGAAAUACUUUGACUCUGGCAUUUGUGGCUUGAUCAGUUUCGAGGACUUUCGCUAUGCAGGUUGCUGUUUGGCAUGUUGAUCGGUGAUUUCGGGAAGGUGUUUGAGAAGUUGAAGUUUUGUCAGCAGUUGACUACGUGCCGACUGGAAGCUUCUAAUCCUGGAGUUUAUUGGACUUGAGGAUGCCUAAAUAAUGACUGAACUUCUGAGGAUGCCAGGUGCUGAUUGAAUGUUAUCCUAGCAUCGGAGAUCGAAUAUGACUAAAUUCUUGGUCUUCGAAGAUUCUACGUCAAGUGUCACGAAGGAUUUACUCUAUUAAAGACUUGGACGAACACGGUGUUACAGUUUGAGAGGACUAUGGGAGCUAGAAUCGCCAAAAACACGGGAGCAAGAGCUGUUGACGUAUACCAAAAGUGAGUGACCUGAGCAAACCCUUGUCAUUGAUAUUCAGUGUGUUAGAAGAACAUUUUUAAGGCAGUGCUUCUCGUAAAUUAUUCUGACGUAGAGUCACUAGAAUUUCCUGGUGCCAGUGACGGAAAAAAGGAUCAUUGGAGACGUGUCAGUGGUCAAAGACUCGAAUAGCGUGACAAUCGUGCGAAGGUCGUUGGAGAACGUUUCGAUAGAUCGCUGAAAUCGCUCGUUCGGGGAUCGGUUACGACGAUCGACGGUCAUCCGCGAGGGUGCGGAGGAAAUCGGGAAAGUGUUGUUCAACCACGAGUCCAGGAUUCUCACCCCCGGAGGCGGUGCCAUCUCACCCGGGGGCGCGGGGCCACCCGCGAGCCCUUCUUCGGGACACUAUCACCCACCCACGCACAGUCCACCCUUGGUCAAGAUUGGAUCUGUUCACGCUCACCAGCCGAACAGUAACCACCACCACCCACACCAUCAGCAACAGCAACAGCAGCAGCAACAGCAACAGACGAGUCAGCCGCAGGUGCCUGGAGUCGGUGGUGGCGGGGGGCCGGGGGGUGGCACGGUGGCAAGGACUGGCGGCAUGUUCUGCUACCACUGCCCCCCAGGUCUUCCGACCCCGCGGUUACCGCCAACCCUCGACUACCCCUUCACCGCAACUCAUCCUUACACAAGUUAUUCUCCGUACCAUCCAGCUUUGCACGGUGUCGGCGAAGAUUCCUUCGGGAGGCGAAAGCAGAGGAGAAACAGAACCACGUUCAGUCAACAACAACUCGACGAACUGGAGGCGGCGUUUACGCAGACACACUAUCCGGAUGUCUUCACGAGGGAAGAGCUGGCGAUGAAGAUUCACCUCACGGAGGCCAGAGUUCAGGUAUGGUUUCAAAAUCGCAGGGCAAAGUGGCGAAAAUUCGAACGUUUGAAAGAGGAGCAGAGGAAGAGGGAGGGUGGUGGAGGGGGUGGCACAUUAGAAACGACAGGACUGGCACCACCAUCGUCUUCAUCGGCAGGUCCAAGUCCCACAGGUCAUGAUCCUGAAGGUACAACGAACAGCAACGCCCCCGACGCGGAGGACGCCGUUCCAGAUGGAGCCGGGGGAUCGAGGAGCCCCAGCACGACUUCCGCCUCGGUCAGUCCGCGGCCCCAGCAAAGUCAGCCGUCCCUGGGUGGCGUCUCGACGCCACCGCCAACCCCCAUAAGGGCGCCACCGCCGCCACCUAGCACCGUGGGGGGCCUCGGCCCACCCGCCGAGAGUGCUCCCGGUCUAGCAGCAGGUUUCAGGCCAGUCGAACCACCGACGUCCCUCUUUUUUUCCCCACAUUUGGCGGCGCAGUUUUCCCCGCCGUUGUUCGGGAACAAGGUGGUCAGUAGUGCGCCUACAUCGUUGACCUCGACGACGCCAUCCCUGUGGACAACGAGCGACCAUCGGCCGGGCAGCCUGCAGGACAUGUUGUCCUGGUCGUCGGCGGCUUGGCCGGGCUCCGUUUGCGGUUGCUGCAAACCUGGGACCGGCGAUCUCCACAGGAGCAGCAGCCUAGCGGAGCUGAGAAGAAAGGCUCAGGAACAUUCGACUGCGUCAGCUCUGUUAGGCGGUCUAGCCGGUUUCCCUGGCGGACUGCCGCUGCCAUUGCCUCUACCGUUGCUGCCACCUUUGCUAGGGCUUUCAAGGAGGCCCGAUCAUCACCACCAUCACCUGUCUAGUAUGGUGCAUCAGAUACAACCGACCACGAAAGAGGAUCCCUAGGAUCAUCCUCUGAUCAGCACUAAUUGAAUCGUUUGGCCUCGACGACCCUUGACUAUCUGGGCACGUAUGAGUUUCUGGAUACUGAUCUUUUUUGCUGGUUUUCACCCUCGUUCCGCGAAUCACAGUAUUUUCGAUACGGUUAGGGAUUUUUGUAUUUGACAGUGUCGUGGGAGUUGUAAUUUGAAUUGAGAGGAUAGGGUUGGUGGAAAACUGUUCGUUGACGAAUGGUUCUUAGGGCUCGGUAACAAAUUAAGAAACUGGAUUUUAUAAUUAAGGAAAACGUAUUAGGUUUUUUUUGUGGCAAUUUUGCAAUGUGAUUAGUUUUGAUAUAUUCAUUUAGUUGAAUUUCUGUUAGUGAAAGUAAUUUUGAGGAGAUUUUGAUUACUUUUGUAUUAUUAAUUGAGAGAAACAUUCUCGGAUAUUAGAGCAUGUUUUAAUCAUUGAUACGGAUGUUGGGACAUUGUUCAUUUGAUAAUAUUAAUUUAAAUAUUUGGAGAGGGAAGAUGAUUUUCUAUUUUUCCUGCUACAAUCCGUGGAAAUUUUGUGAUUUUUAAUGUCGCGUCGUGUUUCUGAUUUUCAUUUUCAAUUUUACUUGUAAAACUGAAAAUAUUACAACUAAGUGAUUGUAAUUAAAAUCUGUAUAUUUAUUGCUGCUUGCAAAAAAGUAACGUUUUUUAAUCAUAUCGAGUAUGUCUAACCGUAUUAAAAAUAUUGUAUUCCUUUCAGUAUUUAUCAUUGUGUCUGUAUAUAUCAGCACCGAAAGUGUCGCAAGAUUUUCUUCUAUCUUUACUUUCCAAUCAUCACAUGUUUAAUCACAUUAAAUCUAAAUAUUAGUCUUUCAGAAAAAUCAAUGUUUUUAAUGAAAGUUUUCACAGAGACUUAAUCAAAACGCGAUACAAAUCAAAAUGUUUAACCGAGUUAUUUGUCAGUGAAACUAACAGAAGCUAAAACUCUUUCUAAAAUUCUUUUUAAGACAAUAUCAAAAAAUAAGAUAUUUAUUAUAUCUUCAUCGCAAACAAACACUCAAAAUUUAUUACGAAGAAAUGUCUGUUCAACGAAAAGUUAGUUAAAUAUAAACAUAAGAAAACGUGAAAAAUCUUGAAUGCCUCGUUAUGUUAAUACUAACAGUGAGUACAAUAUUUUAUUCAGUAUGUCUGAAAAUAUUUUCAAUUUAGAUUUAAAUGAAAGAAUGUAAUAGAUGUCACGUCAGCAUUCCGUAUAAAAUUUCCGAGACCCAGUAAAUCCGUUACAAAGCAAAUAUGUUAAUGCAUAUUUGCAAAAAGUAAAAGAUCAAUGUUCGCCAGCACGCUGCGGCUAAUUUCGUUCUCUUAGAUCAAAACUGAAGAGGAAUCGCGAAGGACCAAUACGUGCCUGAUGUGCUCUGUAAUUAAUUGUUCGACAAGCGAUGUCUAAAUUUCUGUCUGUGAAACAGCAUUCGAAUAUCCGUGAUUGUUACGCAAAUAAUACACGAGGCAUUACAGUCAGGUUUAAAUAUUAAUACUUAUUAAUUGUUUUCCAUUUAUACGAAAUGAAUAUCCGCAUUAUCGCGAAAUUCUAGGUAAAACGAUAAUUCAAAUUGAAUUGCGACGCAUGAAAAAUAUAGUACAACUAUACAGAAAAAUCUGGUAAAAUAAUAUCAUUAUUUUUCAGAUCUGACUUCAACGAGUUCAUUUUUCCAAACAUUCUUUGAAUAAAUGAAAAGUAACAUUUUCUACGAAUUUCAUCUGAACGAAUUAAUUAUUAAGAUUUUACUGUUUCAAUAUUUUUAAUACAAAUGAAUUCGAACACACUCGACAAUACACUAUUUUGAAGUUGAUAGUACUUACUCUAUCAUUAAAAUAUUUUCUCAUCGAAACAGAAAAUAUUUUUACCUUCUGCUUUGCGAUAUUAUAUACAUAAUAUUAAAUACUUCUAUUAUUAUUUUUCAAACUUCUAACAUAUUCUAUGUUAUUACUAACUACGUGAAAGAGUCAAAUUAAUGUCUGAGUUAAUGCAGGAUGGGUCACAUGAUUCACCUAAUAAAAUGAAUUUCCUCUACCGCAGUUGGAAAUUAUUUAUAACUCGAUCCAAUGAUACCAUUACAUUUAUUCUCAUGCAACGGUCAAGUAUUUUCACUUCAAUUUAAACUCACAAAAAUUCAACACGCCAUAGUCCAACUCGGAUCAGUUGUGCGCUGAGGAUAAUUUGUAUUGUAAUAGAAUAAUUUAUAUUAUCACCCCCUAAAUCGAGUCUACGACAAUUUUCUUGAAUUAUAUGAUUACUCUAUCAUAUUAUUCAAAUAAUACGGAUAUCCGUAUUAUCCGAGUAACACGGAUGUCCGCUCGAAUCGCGCGACGCGAGCACGCGCCAGCAGGAAUAAUAUUUCUAUAAGUGGAAAUUGAUUUUUCGACGGAAGGAUAUCGUUGUGGAAACGCAUCGUUUCGUGGAUAUUCGAAUGCGAGGAUAUUUGGAUAAACGUAUAUGUAUAUACGUAUGUAUACUCGACCCUGAAACAGGUAUCUGGAACUUGGAGGAUUCUUAGGACGAAUUCUAAUGACAUAUUAUAAUCACGUUGAACUAACUACUGAAAUUUAAAUAAUUUUCCCAAUUCAGAAGUUUCUGCAUGAUAUUCGUCAAUCUUAUUACCUAACGAUUCAGACUGAAACCUCGUCGUGGGAUCUGCUAAUUAUUCAGAAUUAAUUUUUGCAUCGCAGUUCUUGCUACUGGUUUGAAUAAUGAACUUAGGUCGAUUUUUAAAUAAAAAGGUUACAGGUAAUGAUUCGUGGAAAAAGUACCUGCCAAAUGGUUUUUUAUUAGUUUCUUGAGUAUACACACUUAAAAUUUUAUUGUUGAUACAAAUAACAAAAGUUUUUCAGUUUUAGAAAAAUCAAAUUCAACCAGAAUUUAAUGUAAAGUUUGUAAAAUGGAUUGUUAGUGAAUUGAAAUUAUGAAUAAUUAGAUUCUCAUUAAGACUUUUGUUUAUAAAAUAUUUCUUAUUCAAUAUAGGGAAAAGGAAAGCAGGAAAUGAAAUUAAAGACUUGUGAAUCAAGUGACCAAGUGAAAAAUAUUAUAAAUAUAUUAUUACGAAAUUUGUGUUAUUUAUAAAACAUUAAAAAAUUCUAGGCGCAGUAGGUGUAGCUUUAAAGUUUCAAAUCCGACAGAUUUUACUAAUAUAAUUCGCAUCAUUUAACGUUUAAAAUUAAAAAAUGUAAAAAAAUUUAGUUUUACAGCUUUCAUAUACAAACAUUUUCUACCACAUAUUCAUAGUAUUUGAUUAAAAAAUUUGCUCUAAUAGAGUUUAAAAAACCAAAUAGAAAACAUUAUCUAACACCUUCAGUAAAUAAAUCUACUAAAUCAAAUACAUUUUUAGUAUCAUUCUCGACAAGAUUUCAUUAAAAAUUGACAUAUCCUUUACCAAAAAUUAUUCUACUAACAUACAACAAAUUAUUAAUUAAAAAAAGGAGAACAAAAAGAUGCUUGACUUGAAAUUAAUUUCUAUAAACUCGACCAACGCUAUGAAAACAAUUGAUUAAUUAAUCAGUUAACUGCGUUUAACGAGUAUACACGUCAUCGUAAAGCUUGAAUUGCUACUAAUUGUUUCGACGAUGAAUUAUUUAUUUUUUCAGAUAGAUAUGUCAUUCUUCUUUGUUUUCCUUUGGUCUUUCAUUACAAUAUAUCCUAGGUGCAUUUGUCCUGUGCAACAUUUUUGAUUUUAUUGUGCGCAGAAUGAAAGAUUUCCAAACUAAAUUGCACAAUUAACAGGUUAAAACAAUGACUAUUUUUUCUCCAGCUUCCAAUACCUGUCCGAAAAAUCAAGGGUAUCAAGCGUCAUUUACGAUCACGUUACACGAUCUGAGACGAGAUCAUACGUUAACUGAUGAUUAACCAUGUGUCGACGGCUGUUCGUGCAUGCCUUACGAAACAAUUGUCAACGAUGUAACGGUCGGAAUUUAACGAAAGUUAAGGGGGAACCACUAUGCGAGUACCGUUAAAGAAAAAAGAAAAGAAUCAUAGAAUUCGUAUCGAAGCGUGUUAAGACUAAAACGGAGCACGAAGAACAAUGGUACGAAUGCUCCGUGAAUGAUUGUACAGAAUUUUCGCCUAAUAGUGAUGCCAGUUUAAUAUCCCUUCAAUUAUGCUCGUGACGGUAACAAUCAUUUCGUUUGCGUUGCGAUACGAUUACCGUUGUUCUUCAGAAUCAUGAAAUGAGAGGUACAAUGACGGGGGACACGUAGAUAAAACUAGUAGAGACCUGUAUAUUACAUCCCGGUGAAUUUUCAGUGCUAAUCAAGGAUAAUCUAAUAAGAGUAUGUUAACAGACUAGCGACUAUU